GGGUAACGGUUCAGUCGGGCUCGAAUCGUAGCUGAGAGCGGUUGUUCUUUUUUUUCGGUGAAGUUCUAAGUGUUAUUUUUGUCGUUCUCUUGAUAAUCAAUAGAGUAAAAAAGUGGAGUGUUUUUUUCUGUGUGAAGCCGAAAUGUCCAACGAACAUCGCCAGUGUCCGAUGAAUGGCCACCAACAAAAUGGGCUACAGAACAGCGAUGCCGAAUCGCGUGAGGAGUUUCUGGCUAGCUUCAAACGGCCUGAUCUACCGUCGCGUUGUACCUGGGCGGUCGGCACCGAGCAACCGAGCCCACAUCACCACGAGCCGCUAGCCAGCCGAGCUAAAAUUCUGGGAACAAUUCUGGAAGCCGUUGGGAACACUCCGCUUGUCAAACUAAACAAAAUCCCGCAAGCGGCUGGCCUGAAAUGCAACUUGUACGCCAAAUGCGAGUUUCUCAGUCCAGGAGGAUCGGUCAAGGAUCGCAUCGGUCUACGGAUGAUCGAGGAAGCGGAGCGUAAAGGUCUGCUAAAACCAGGGCACACCAUCAUCGAACCAACCUCGGGUAACACCGGCAUCGGUCUCGCCAUGGGAGCUGCCGUCAAGGGUUACAACUGCCUGAUCGUUAUGCCGGAGAAGAUGUCCAACGAAAAGGUGGACACGUUGAAGGCGCUCGGUGCAACCGUGCUCCGUACGCCAACGGAGGCGGCAUUCGAUUCUCCCGAGGGCCUAAUCGCUGUCGCGCAGCGACUGGAGAAGGAGAUUCCCAACUCGAUCCUACUGAAUCAGUACACAAAUGCGGGAAACCCUCUGGCUCACUAUGACGGAACCGGGGCGGAGCUUUUGGAUCAAUUGGAAGGUAAAGUCGAUAUGGUGGUGGUUGGAGCUGGAACGGGGGGCACCGUUGCCGGUAUAGGUAGAAAGAUCAAAGAAGUAAACCCGCACUGCGUGAUCGUCGGAGCGGAUCCCGAGGGAUCGGUCCUAGCGGAACCGGCGGAGCUUAAUCAAUCGGACGUUUCAUACUACGAAGUGGAAGGCGUAGGCUACGACUUCAUUCCAACUGUACUGGACCGAAGCGUGGUGGACCGCUGGAUCAAGUUCAAUGACAAGCUGGCCCUGCCGAUGGCUCGGCGGUUAAUUGCCGAAGAGGGAUUCCUCUGUGGAGGCAGUAGCGGAGGAAAUGUUGCCGUUGCUUUAGAAGCUGCCAAAAACUUGAAAGAAGGACAAAACUGUGUUGUGAUCCUACCGGACAACAUUCGAAACUACUUAAGCAAAUUUGUGUCGGACAACUGGAUGGAGGCUCGCAAUUUCAAAACCUCGGCUAACGUCCACAAGCAUAAAUGGUGGAACAACAGCGUCUCAACUCUAAACAUCACCACUCCGCUUACAGUGUCCACCGAUGUCUGCCUCCGGGAGGUGAUCAGCAUUAUGAAGCGGGACGACGUCAAUCAGCUGCCGGUGAUCGAUCGCGAAGGAACGAUCAAGGGUAUGGUCUACCUACCGAAUCUGAUGAGCAAACUACUGAACCGGCUGGCCAGUCCGAGCGAUCCCGUGUCGAAGGCCAUUUUUAAACAAUUUGUAAAGGUAGACCGGUCCGACAGUCUCGGACACGUUUCGCGUAUUCUUGAAAAGGAUCCUUUUGUGCUGGUUAUACAGAAGGAAAAAAGAUAUACGAACACAGAAAUCUUCCAGCUCAACGAAACCGUGGUGGGGAUUCUCACCCAGCGAGAUAUGCUGGAUUACAUCACGUCAGCGGAGGAACUCGUCAACGGUGUUUGAGUGUGGCCGUUGGGAUAAAGAUAUAUAUUUUUUAGCACAAUUUAUAAAAGAUAUUUUUUUAAGGAUGAGUAAUUUAAUGAGGCGAUCAAAUCAGCACCCAUUGAUCCGGAGCGUGUUUCUGCAAAGUAGAUUUGAAGUGUAUUAUGUUGUAUUCACAAGCUCCAACAACUUUAAAUUUUAGCGAAGUUUUGCAAAAGACCUGUAUUUGUGUAAGGUGUGUGAUUUGAUUGUCAUUAUUUUUCAAUUGUGUCAAGUAAAAAGUCUAGACAGCGA